GCAACACAAAAACAGAUUUUUCGAAAGAAGCCAAGUAUCACCAAUUACCAAUUUUAUGUGACACCUCCAUAGGAAAGCCCCGACAUUCGUAAUUCGGCAUCGUGCAUAUAGCCCUGGGACGGUCAGUUUAAGAGGACGUACGACUACUCCUACGAGCACGUGAGUCUGGCACCCAUUCCCGGCCAAUAUAAAAACUCCAUGUAUUGUCCCCGCACCCUACGGAAAUCAUCAUAACUUGGAUCUUGCCGUGGGAUUCCAUUGUCCGGACUGUCUUAUAAUCCGAUAACAUCUGACGCCUCGUCCCACUAUGGCGGGCCAAUCAAGCAUCUUCCUCCGCCUUCCCCUGGAGAUCCGUGAGGAGAUCUACCUCCAACUGCUGCUCUUCCGCGACGACGUCGGUGUCCAGUCUCUGACUCCCAAGCUCGACAGGUGGAUCAAGUCGAUGUGGGAUGACCCCGGGUCAGCGUUCUGUGACGAUGAUGAGAAUGACACGGUGCUUCGGGGAAGGACCAGUAUCCUCUGCGUAUCUAAGCAGGUCAGCGAGGAGGCCCUCGACGUGUUGUACCAACGCAAUACAUUCGUCACACAUACGCACGCUGAUUCUCACGAUAAAUUCCUCAAGUUUGGAACCGCCAACAUACUGCGCAUCCGUUCCUUGAGGCUGGUCACACACCCUCACGAGCUUGGGUAUAUGGAGCCUGUCAAAUUCGACCCCAAGAUAUGGUGUCCGCUUCUUAAAGAUUUGACACAUCUUUCACUCGUUUUGAAACAGCCAUGGAAGGCUCGGGAACAUUAUGAUUCAUCCGGUAGUAAGGAGUUCCGGAAUUAUGUUGAGGAGGACCUACGGAAAUGGCUUGUUUGGCUAGAACCGAUCUUACAAUACUUCGCUACCAACAUUUCCGACAGAACCACGGUUAGCAUCGACGAUAACGAGUUAGCGGAGACGAGCGAGAUCGUGCAUAAAUGUUUCCGUGCUGGCUACCAGAGGGUGCAGACUGAGAUCGGAGACGUAAUCUUCGAGAGGGCGUUGCCAUCUGAGGAGUCUGAUUACUGGUACGACGACUAUGAUAUGGAUUCUACAUGUGGCGGCACCAUCAACGAUUCGUCAGACUAGCAUCGAAACGAUCCUUGAUUAGCCGGGGCAUCAUUUUCCGAGUACAAAAUGCAGCAAAGUCAACACCAUUUUCCUUUUCCAGCUAUCCCAUCUCUCAACAAUAUUUCCGUUUGCUCCUUUUUAAUCGGCUAACUCAGUUACGUAUGGAUUCGGGGUUACAUAGGAACUAGGUACGGGGAAAGGGGGUUAGGGCUAGUAGUCACCACUCAAUACUAACUGUUGUUGGCGGUCUGGUAAAACUCUGGAAGAGGACGGGAUUUCAGAAUGGUUACGAAAAAGAGACAACUUAAGGGUGUAAUAGAAUUAAUAUGCAAUCUUGUAUCUAUAAGCGUAUAUUCCUUCCACUUAGUGAUGUAGUUUUGAGAUAUAAAUUACGCCUAGCACAAAAUAGCAACUUCACAUAAGCGCC